AUGGCUGCGAAUGGAGAUUUCUCCGACGAGAGCCAGCCCGGCUCGCCUAUCUUGGACGGCAACAAUGCCCAAGAGUUCGACGACCAAGAGCCCCUCGACAAGCCCGUUAAGUCCGCCAUGAAGAAGUCCAUCCCCCCACCCCAGAAGCAGCGCCCUGAGCUGCCCGAGCAGCCGGAGCCCAGCAGCCUCGACCUGUCAAAAUUGACUCCUUUGUCGCCCGAGAUCAUUGCUCGCCAAGCUACCAUCAACAUCGGUACCAUCGGUCACGUCGCUCACGGAAAGAGUACAGUCGUCAAGGCUCUGUCUACUGUGCAGACUGUCAGAUUCAAGAACGAGUUGGAGCGAAACAUUACCAUCAAGCUCGGUUAUGCCAACGCCAAGGUCUACAAGUGUGACAACCCUGCUUGCCCUCGACCAACCUGCUACAGAAGUUACGGUAGUGAGAAGGAAGUUGACCCGCCUUGCGAGCGGGAGGGUUGUGAGGGUCGUUACAGACUGGAGCGCCAUGUGUCUUUCGUUGACUGCCCUGGUCACGAUAUUCUCAUGUCUACUAUGUUGUCCGGCGCCGCUGUCAUGGACGCAGCUCUCCUGUUGAUUUCCUCAAACGAAACCUGCCCCCAGCCACAAACUUCCGAGCAUUUGGCUGCCAUCGAGAUUAUGAAACUCAACCACAUCGUUAUCCUGCAAAACAAGGUCGAUUUGAUGCGCGAGGAGGGUGCCAUGCAACACUACCAGUCUAUCCUCAAAUUCAUUCGCGGUACCGUGGCCGACGGCUCGCCUAUUAUCCCUAUCUCCGCUCAGUUGAAGUACAACGUCGACGCUGUUUGCGAGGCUCUGAUUUCCCGCAUUCCCGUUCCUAUUCGCGACUUCACUGCUCAGCCUCACAUGAUGGUCAUUCGUUCCUUCGAUGUCAACAAGCCCGGUGCUGAGAUUGACGAGCUCAAGGGUGGUGUUGCUGGUGGUUCCAUUCUGAACGGUGUCAUUAAGCUCCAUGAUGAGAUUGAGAUUCGUCCCGGUCUCGUCACUAAGGACUCGGACGGAAAGGUGCAAUGCCGUCCCAUUUUCUCCCGCAUUGAGAGUUUGUUCGCCGAGCAAAAUCCUCUCAAGCUCGCCGUUCCUGGUGGUCUUAUUGGUGUUGGAACUCUCAUUGAUCCCACUCUUUGCCGUGCUGAUCGUCUGGUCGGUUUUGUUCUGGGCCACCGCGGCCAAUUGCCUUCCAUCUACACCGAGAUUGAGGUCAACUACUUCCUGCUCCGUCGCCUGCUGGGUGUUAAGACUGCCGAUGGCAAGCAAGCCAAGGUUGCCAAGCUUGCUAAGAACGAGGUUCUCAUGGUCAACAUUGGUUCCUCCGCUGCUGGCGCUCGUGUCAUCGGUGUCAAGGCUGAUGCUGCUAAGCUUGCCCUGACCAGCCCUGCCUGCACAGAAAUUGGCGAGAAGAUCGCCAUCAGCCGAAGAGUCGAGAAGCACUGGCGUCUGAUUGGUUGGGCCAACGUUGUUGCCGGUAACAUUCUGGAGCCUGUUCAGCAGUAA